AUGCUCACGUCCAUGUUGGCGCGUAAAAUCCACAUUUUCACUCUCCUCACCGACAGCGAUCUUUGCUUCUCUCAUACUCAGUCUCUCCUUCCCUUCACAACCACCAUCACCUGCUUCUCAGAAUCUCCUCCCUCAAAUCCGCCGCUAACAUCUCCUUCUCUCUCUCUCUCUGGCCAUGGAUUUCGCAUCUCGAAGCAGAUCUUAUCCCACUCGUCUUCUCAUUCUCGCAUUCUCAUUCUUCUUCCUAUCUUCAACACUAAAUCUCACCUUUGCCUCUAUCCACAUCUACAACAAAGAACCCUUGAACGAAGUCGGAAAUGCUUACCUUCUUUCCGGUGGCAGCGAAGGCAUUGUCGCCUCGGAUUCUUCCGUCCCUAAUGGCCGUUCUUAUAUCAGGUUUAGGGAUAUCACUUUUUGGAGGACCAAGGAUGCAGCUGAUGAACAUUCAGAAAUGGAACACAGUACAGGUCUGGUACAGAUUGUGAUUUUUGAGGCAGCUGACCGGAAUAAUAUUGGUGGUUCUGCUUAUGGGGGACAAAGAUCUAUUUGUUGUACCCCUGAUCUUGCUAAGCUGGAAGGUUGCAAGCAAGGUGAAGUCAUUAGGAUACCUUCAGCAACAGAAAAUAACUGGCCUAUUGUUUUGAAUGUACAAUUCGGUGGUAACUACUUAUCUGCAAACAUACGAGAUGAGUAUGUUAACAUCACAAAGACUGGAAUGUAUAACUUAUUUUUUAUCACUUGUGAUCCAAAACUCAAGGGACUCAUAAUGAGUGGAAAGACAGUUUGGAAGAAUCCUGAUGGUUAUUUGCCUGGCAGGAUGGCCCCCUUAAUGAAGUUUUACGUGCUUAUGUCUCUUGCAUAUCUGUUGCUUAGUGUUAUUUGGUUCACCCAAUACAUGAGGUUUUGGAAAGACAUAUUGCAACUUCAGCAUUGUAUCACAGCUGUUAUUGCCCUAGGAUUGUUCGAGAUGAUUCUUUGGUAUUCUGAAUAUGCAAAUUUUAACAGUACAGGAAUAAGGCCUGUUGCAAUUACAACUUGGGUUGUGACAGUUGGAGCUAUAAGGAAAACAUUAGCUCGUCUUCUUAUACUCUCAAUAUCAAUGGGGUAUGGUGUUGUGCGGACAACCCUUGGUGGUCUUACCUCAAAGGUGCUUCUUCUUGGAUUUACAUAUUUUUUGGCAUCUGAGUUACUGGAUAUUACUGAGUAUGUGGGAAGUAUUAAUGAUAUAUCAGGAAGAGCAAGAUUGUUUCUAGUCCUUCCUGAUGCAUUCCUUGAUGCAUUUUUGAUACUAUGGAUAUUUACCUCUCUUUCAAGGACAUUGGAGCAACUACAGGCAAAAAGAAGUUCAGUUAAGUUGGAUAUCUAUAGGAAGUUCUCAAAUGCACUUGCUGUGGCAGUGAUAGCUUCUGUAGCUUGGAUAGCUUAUGAGGUUUACUUCAAAGCAACCGAUCCAUUUAAUGAGCGUUGGCAAAGUGCUUGGAUCAUUACUGCUUUCUGGGACAUUCUUGCAUUCGCCUUGCUUUGUGUUAUUUGCUAUCUCUGGGCUCCUUCUCAAAGUUCUCAAAGGUAUGCCUACUCGGAAGAAGUGGGAGAGGAAUCGGAUGAUGAAGAAGCUCAUUCUUUAACAAGGGGAAAGUCAGAUGGUGAUAUUGGUUUAGUUGAAAAGAAAGUGCAGAACGGUGGGACCACAGAUGUUUAUGAUCAAGAGGAUGAAACAGAAGAGGAUAAAAGAGAAUGAUGCGUUGUACACAUAUUCUUUCAGCUGUUAACCUCAUUCAGCAGUGCUAAACAUAAUCGUGUUGAUUGAGCUCAAAGAGAUGAUUACCAGUUAUUUCAGAGAUACAUCCACUAGGCCUGCAGAGGAUCAAAAUUUUGACGUAAUGUUGAUUGUGCUAAUUCUCCAGAAUGAAAAAAAACUGCCUUCGCAGCAUUAGUUUUGUGAUUAUUGUGCAAGUAUAUCAAUGAACUAUAGGUGUUAAGAGAACAUGAAAACAUAUCGAGUUUUAAUGCCCCAAUUGGGGCUUGUAUCAUAGUUAUUGGCAAUAAAAGUUAAGGGUCUCACUGAAGAUUGGAUAA